CGCGUCGUCGUUUUCUUCCCCUGCGGACCGCUUAACGGACGCCUCCCCCGUCCCUGCGCACGGUAGCGACCGUCCGUUUCCGAAACCCUAGCUCUCCUCUCCGGCCCUCCGCCGCUGUCCGCCGAUGGCCUCCCCCGCUGGGAACCCUAACCUCUUCAAGCUCCCCAAUCCCAACCCUAGCAUCUCCCCGCCGACGUUGCCCCCGCCGUCCUCCUACCCAGCUACGCCGCCGUCGUACCCCUCGCCACCGGCCCACGGCGCCUUCUCCUAUCCCCCCGUCACUCCACCGUUCCACCACCAACCACCCUUCCUCCACUACCCUCAGGAUCCCCUCCACCGACCGGCCGUCUCCUAUCCCACUGCCAGCCCCCAGCUCCCCGGUCCCAGACCUGGCCCUAACCUUAGCUCCAAUCCCAACCCCGGUGCCCGGCUAAUGGCGCUACUGAAUCCUGCUUCCACUCAGCUUGAAUCCGCCGUCUCGAUGCCGCCGCCGUCAUCCGUGCCCUCUGAGCUCUCGGCCCCAGGGAAUGCGGCGGUCUUACAUCCGAUCCCGUCGGCGCCAGCAGUUGCUCUGGCGGUUGCUCAGCCGGCGCCGGCGAGAGUCGCGAGUAGCAAGCUGCCUCGGGGGCGGCUACUGGGAGUUGGAAACCGCGCUGUGUAUGAUGUCGACUCUAGGCUGCCGGGAGAGUCACAGCCCCCGCAGCUCGAGGUCACGCCAAUCACCAAGUACGUAUCAGAUCCGGGGCUUGUUUUGGGCCGCCAAAUUGCUGUCAAUCGGACAUAUAUAUGUUACGGGCUCAAGCUGGGGGCUAUUAGGGUGCUGAAUAUCAACACAGCCUUGCGAGCUCUGCUCAAAGGGCACUCUCAGAGAGUUACAGACAUGGCUUUCUUUGCUGAAGAUGUUCACCUUUUAGCAAGUGCGAGCAUUGAUGGAAGGGUUUUUGUGUGGAAGAUUGAUGAAGGUCCUGAUGAGGGAAAUAAACCACUGAUAACAGAAAAAAUAAUAAUUGCUCUUCAGAUUGUAGGAGAUGGAGAGCCUUAUCAUCCACGAAUUUGUUGGCACUCUCACAAGCAAGAAAUCUUGUUUGUUGGAAUUGGAAAUCGUGUAUUAAAAAUUGACACAAUCAAAAUUGGAAGAGGAAAAGAAUUUUCAGCAGAGGAACCUCUCAAGUGUUCUGUUGAGAAGCUGGUUGAUGGGGUUCAACUUAUUGGUAAACAUGAUGGAGAAGUGACAGAUUUAUCCAUAUCCCAAUGGAUGAUAACCCGACUAGUGUCAGCAUCAAAAGAUGGCAUGGUAAAGAUCUGGGAAGAUCGCAAAGCGAUAGCCCUUGCCACAUUGAGACCACACGAUGGUCAACCUGUUAAUUCAGUUGCAUUCAUGACAUCCCCUCAUCAACCCGAUCACAUCAAUCUUAUCACUGCGGGCCCUUUGAACCGAGAAGUGAAAAUAUGGACUUCUUCUAAUGAAGAAGGUUGGCUCUUGCCUAGUGAUUCUGAAUCUUGGCGCUGCACUCAGACCUUGGACUUGAAAAGUUCCUCAGAACCUCGUCUUGAAGAGGCAUUUUUCAAUCAAAUUGUAGUCUUACCUCAAGCAAAUCUUAUAGUUAUUGCAAAUGCUAAGAAGAAUGCGAUAUAUGCUGUGCAUGUAGACUAUGGCACAUGUCCGGCUUCCACACGCAUGGACUAUGUAGCAGAUUUUACAGUUGCAAUGCCUAUUUUGAGUCUUACUGGUACAAAUGAUUUCUUGCCUGAUGGGGGACAAUCGGUUCAGAUAUAUUGUGUCCAGACACAGGCAAUUCAGCAGUAUGCAUUGGAUCUGACCCAGUGUUUACCACCACCAACUGAUAAUGCUGGUUUGGCCAAAGAUCCUCUAUCUUGUGUCCUGGGGACACCCAGCCCGGAAGCAUCAUCUGUGUUAGAGUCAUCUUGUGGACCUUCUGUCGAUGAUCCUUCAGUAAGUGCUUCACCACAAAUUCAUACAGUGAGCAGCAGUGACUGUGCAAUUCCAUAUCUGACAAGCUUAGCUUCUUCUGAGGUCAUGGAUGUAUGUGAACCACCCAUGUCAAAACCUGAAUCUAAGCCCAGUGCUCCAUUUUCUGAGAAAGACACUGAUGCUCAACAUGUUUCUUCUUUUCCUGCAAAUCCAGACCUUGCUGGAAGAGUACCCAGUCUGAAUAGCCCCCAUAAAGGUUCUGAUCAUGGAUCAUCAAUUGGUGAUCAUGUUGUGGACCAGUCGGUUUUUGAUCAUUCAGUUGACAGUACACCUGAUGUUCCUUCUAUAAAUGAGAACUUGAAAAAAGAUGAUUCCAAAACUGAACAAGAUGAUCCUUCUAUGGUGCCAAAUCGUCGUUUACUCUUUAAGCUUGGUGGAAACACAACACACCUAAUUACUCCAUCAGAAAUCCUUUCAGGUGCUAUAAGUUCCUCAGAAAGUAGCCAUGUCAAUCAAGGUCCAGUGGUUGAGGGAGUCAAGGUCCAAGAUGUGAUCAUAGAUAACAAUAUGGCAAGUCAUGAGGUGGAAGUAAAAGUUGUCAGGGAAGGCCAAUCAGGUGAGGCAGAGGGCAAUGGUUUUCAGAAAGUGCCUCAAGUUGUUAUUAUUGAAGAUUAUGAAAGAUCCUCCCAGACUUUAGAAGCAAAAUUUGAGGCCAACAAUGAGUGUUCUACUGUGAUAGAAGCUUGCCAGGGUGGUCACACUGCUGAGACAUUGGAUCAGCCACCCAGUAUCCUCGAGGAAGAAGUUGAAUACAACAAAAAGGAUAUGCCUGAAAAGGAAUCUGCUAUUACACCCCAAAAUCUCUCAGCUACUAAAGGGAAGAAGCAAAAAUCAAAACAAUACCAGACAACUGGCGUUUCACCCCCUUCAUCAAGCCCUUUCAACUCUACUGAUUCUCUGAAUGAACCAGGGAGCUUCUCCAGUACUCCAACUGAUGCUGCCAUCCCUCAGAUUCUUGCACUACAGGAAACACUGAACCAGAUUAUGAACAUGCAAAAGGAAAUGCAGAAGCAAAUGAGUAUAAUGGUGGCCGCUCCUGUUAUGAAAGAAGGCAAACGAGUGGAAGCAGCAUUAGGUCGUUGCAUGGAAAAAGCUGUCAGGGCAAAUUCAGAUGCUCUAUGGGCUCGUUUUCAAGAAGAACAUGCAAAAUGUGAGCGGGUUGGGAAGGACCAGAUGCAGCAGAUGGCAAAUUUAAUCACCAAUAUCGUCAACAAGGAUUUGCCUGCCAUAUCAGAGAAGAUAUUAAAGAAGGAAAUUUCUGCAGUUGGGCCUACUGUAGUGCGGGCAAUUACACCAGUUAUUUCUUCAGCUAUCACCGAGUCAUUUCAGAGGGGAGUUGGUGAUAAGGCAGUGAAUCAUUUAGAGAGGUCUGUUUCUUCAAAGCUUGAAGCUACAGUAUCAAGGCAAAUUCAAACACAGCUCCAAACCUCUGGAAAGCAAGUUCUUCAGGAUGCUUUAAGGUCUUGUGUGGAGUCCUCAGUGGUUCCUGCAUUUGAGCAGUCUUGUAAAGCAAUGUUUGAGCAAAUAGACUGUGUCUUCCAGAAAGGAAUGAAUGAACAUACUGCUGCUUCUCAGCAGCAGCUUGAGGCCGCACAUACUCCCUUGGCACUUACUUUGAGGGAUACCAUCAAUUCUUCUUUGUCAAUCACCCAAAAUCUCACUACUGAAUUGGUUGAUGGCCAGCGUAAACUGCUAGCUCUUGUUGCUUCAGGAAACACAAAAACGACUAGUCCCACUACUAUCCAGCAGACUAAUGGUCCCCUGCCAGGUCUUCCUGAGAUGCAGGCCUUGUCCGUGCAGCAGGUUGAGGCACCUCUGGAUCCCAAAAAGGAACUCUCAAGAUUGACAUCCGAACGCAAGUAUGAAGAAGCUUUCACGAUGGCUCUUCAAAGAAGCGAUGUAUCAAUUGUGUCUUGGCUCUGUACACAGGUUGAUCUGCGCACCAUAUGUUACACCGUGCCACUUCCCCUGAGUCAAGGAGUUCUUCUAGCUCUUCUGCAGCAGCUAGCAUGUGACAUCAGCAUCGAGACACCAAGGAAAUUGGGUUGGAUGACCGAUGUGGCUGUAGUGAUCAACCCAGCAGAUCCAACAAUCACAUCCUACGUUCGGCCAAUCUUUGAGCAGGUUUACAGUAUACUAGUCCACCAAAGAUCACUUCCCACUGCCACUGCUUCUGAAGCAACUAACAUGCGUUUGGUUAUGCACGUUAUAAAUUCUGUACUCAUGAGCUGCAAAUGAUCUCCACCUGAGUCAACACCCAUUGGAUCUGUUGAUGUGUAGUAGUACCUUAGUAACUGAUUUAACAUUAGAGGCUGUAUAAAGAAGUGAACAAGGAAAAGAAAAAGAGAGACUGGUUAUUGCAUUUAAGGUGUUUUUUUUUUUCUUUUGUAUGUACAUUAGAAGGUGGUGUUGGAAACUGGCCAAUUUGGUUCUUGUGGCA